AUGUCGCUCCUAAUUUAUCAAAACAUUUUGGUACACGACAUUUAUCAUAGAUGCGUCAAAUCUUUCACCAAGAGAUAUUAUCUAGGAGGACACCUCAUAGUUUGCUCGAGCCAGGAACAGCCUUGUGUGGAACGGCCACAGCCUUGUGUGAAACGGCCACAGCCUUGUGUGGAGCGGCCGCAGCCUUGUGUGGAGCGGCCGCAGCCUUGUGUGGAGCGGCCGCAGCCUUGUGUGGAGCGGCCGCAGCCUUGUGUGGAGCGGCCGCAGCCUUGUGUGGAGCGGCCGCAGCCUUGUGUGGAGCGGCCGCAGCCUUGUGUGGAGCGGCCGCAGCCUUGUGUGGAGCGGCCGCAGCCUUGUGUGGAGCGGCCGCAGCCUUGUGUGGAGCGGCCGCAGCCUUGUGUGGAGCGGCCGCAGCCUUGUGUGGAGCGGCCGCAGCCUUGUGUGGAGCGGCCGCAGCCUUGUGUGGAGCGGCCGCAGCCUUGUGUGGAGCGGCCGCAGCCUUGUGUGGAGCGGCCGCAGCCUUGUGUGGAGCGGCCGCAGCCUUGUGUGGAGCGGCCGCAGCCUUGUGUGGAGCGGCCGCAGCCUUGUGUGGAGCGGCCGCAGCCUUGUGUGGAGCGGCCGCAGCCUUGUGUGGAGCGGCCGCAGCCUUGUGUGGAGCGGCCGCAGCCUUGUGUGGAGCGGCCGCAGCCUUGUGUGGAGCGGCCGCAGCCUUGUGUGGAGCGGCCGCAGCCUUGUGUGGAGCGGCCGCAGCCUUGUGUGGAGCGGCCGCAGCCUUGUGUGGAGCGGCCGCAGCCUUGUGUGGAGCGGCCGCAGCCUUGUGUGGAGCGGCCGCAGCCUUGUGUGGAGCGGCCGCAGCCUUGUGUGGAGCGGCCGCAGCCUUGUGUGGAAUUGCCUGCUGUCCUUACAUGUAACUUUCAAGCAAUAACUCGUUACACCAGUGACUCGAAUCACUGUCUUCACUUAUAUUUACGACAGAGGCUAGUCCAGAAGAAGCAGCAGCAGCAGCAGCAGCUUUGA